AUGCGCUAUGGUCGACCCAGUACGUUAAUACGAGUGAUGACAGGGCGUAUUCAUCAGCUUCCGUCACCCAAAACCAAUGAUCUGAACAGCAUAAUCGAGUUCGGACUGGCAGUUGAUAGUCUGGUGGAGCAUUUGCGAAAUUCGGAACAAGUAUCUCAUUUGUCAAAUCCAGCAUUACUACAUGAUUUAGUUUCCAAGCUGCCUGUGGAUUAUCGUUUGAAGUGGGCCGCAUUCAAAAGCUCGUUGCCAGAACCGAAUCUUACUGCGUUUGGAAAGUUCAUGUCUACUAUGGUAGAACUAGCCUACGAAGUGGCGGAUGAUUUCCUCCCGGAAAGAGUCAACAAAGUGAGGGCUAAAGAUCGAGUAUUUGUACAGGCACAUUCCGAAUCACCAUCGCCUUCAAGUAGACAAACACCAGUCAACCAAGCUAGCAUAGCAAGAAAAACUUGUGUGGCGUGCAACGAGGAAGGACAUAGAAUUGUGGAUUGUUCAAAAUUCAAGCAGAUGGGGAUUGACGAAAGGUAUAAAAAUCAUGCCAAUAACUUUGUACGCAAAUGGAUGCCAGGUAAACGUCUUCGCGUUUAUCGACGAGGAUCGCAGCUGACAUUACUAGAAGACAUCGUCGCCAGACAGCUCGGAAUCGAUGGACCAACUGAACCCCUUAAUCUACAGUGGACUGGAAACAUCAAGAGGAACGAAUCUAAAUCUCGACGAAUUACUAUGGAAGUAUCAGGCUCAGGAUCGUCCAAAAGGUUCGAACUAUCGGAUGCACGAACCGUGAGUAGCCUAUUGCUUCCCUCACAGUCCAUGCAUUAUGGGGACUUGGCUAGGAGAUACCCGUACCUGCGAGGCUUACCGCUUCAAGAAUAUUCGAACGCAUCACCAAAAAUCCUCAUCGGUCUUGACAAUUUGAAACUCAUUGUGCCUCUGAAAAUUAGAGAGGGAGGAUGGAAAGAUCCUAUCGCAGCGAAAAGCCGACUUGGCUGGAGCAUAUACGGUUGCUCCCUGGUUCCGACGUCGUCAGUAAUCUGUGGGUUUCAUUUUGGAGGAUGGACCGAUCCGGAUCGGGAACUCAAUGAGUUGGUUCGCGAUUUCUUCACCCUGGAAAACGCGGGAGUAAUAAGUCCGCCACUGGUGUUGGAGUCUGAAGAAGAGAAGAGGGCAAAAAUGCUUCUAGAAACAACGACGCGCAGAGUAUCGUCCGGGUUCGAGACCGGCCUGCUGUGGAAGGUGGAUAAAGUGAAAUUUCCUGACAGCCGAGGAAUGGCUACACGCAGACUUCGCGCACUCGAAAGCCGACUCAUCAAAGAACCCGAGCUGUACGACAACGUCCGCCUGCAAAUACAAAUUUAUCUGGAAAAGGGAUAUGUUCAUGUGGCAUCUAAACAGGAAUUAGACAUGCCGCCGGAUCAAGUGUGGUAUCUGCCCUUAGGUGUACACAAGAACUCGAAGAAGCCAAACAAGAUUCGAUUGACGUGGGAUGGAAGAGCAUCGGUUCAAGGCGUGUCGUUCAAUUCGAUGCUUUUAAAAGGCCCGGAUAUGCUUUCGUCUCUUCCAAGCAUACUCUGCCACUUCCGUCUCUAUCGCUAUGCUUUAACAGCUGACAUCAGGGAGAUGUUUCACCGCAUACAUAUCCGUGAAGAAGAUCGCCAAUUCCAGAGAUUCCUAUGGAGGAACCAUGUCAAUCAGGAUCCAGAAGUUUCUCCUUGUUCAGCACAGUACGUGAAGAACCUAAAUGCCAGUGAGUUUGCUGAUACAUAUCCACGAGCAGUGUACGCAAUCCAUCAUUAUCACUAUGUGGAUGACUAUUUAGAUAGUUUCCGUUCACGCGAAGAGGCAAUCAAGGUCGGCAAGGAAGUGCGGAUGAUUCAAAGAGAAGGGGGUUUCGAGCUUCGCGAUUUCCGGUCAAAUGACGCACUAAUAAUAGCUAGCGUCGGUGCAGACUCCGAAGAGAUUGACAAAAAGUUGUUGCUGGAUAAAUUGGCUAACAUUGAGUCCGUACUUGGAAUGAGGUGGAUUCCCAACAGUGAUUGCUUCACGUACGAUCUGGCAAUUCGUGGUGACCUGUUGGACAUUAUUAAUAAGAACCAUAUUCCAACAAAAAGAGAAGUACUGAAAGUGAUCAUGAGCCUAUUUGAUCCUUUAGGAUUGGUUGCGUUCUACUUAGUGCAUGGAAAGGUUCUCAUGCAAGAUAUUUGGACCUCUGGAGCCCAUUGGGAUGACAAUAUCAAUCAACAGCUGCACGAGCGAUGGAUUCAGUGGACUAAAAUUCUGCCUCAGCUAAGUGCAAUUCGAAUCCCUCGUUACUAUUUUCCUAAAGCGGAAUCGGAAGCAUACUCUUCACUUCAAGUGCACAUAUUUGUUGAUGCUAGCGAGUCGGCCUAUUCAUGUGUAGCAUACUUCCGAGUUCUAUCUCCGAACGGCCCACUGGUGUCAUUAGUUGGGGCAAAAACAAAAGUAGCACCUUUGAAAAUGCUAUCGAUUCCACGUUUGGAGCUUCAAGCAGCAGUUUUGGGAACUCGUAUGUUGAACAACGUCAUCUCCAUGCACGGUCUACAAGUCAGCCAACGAAUUUUGUGGACAGAUUCCGCUACAGUACUAGCUUGGCUUCAUUCGGAACAACGGCGCUAUCACCAAUAUGUAGGAUUCCGUAUUGGUGAGAUUCUCUCGACAACAGAACUAGGUGAGUGGAGGUGGAUUCCAUCUAAGUUGAAUGUGGCGGACGAUGCCACCAAGUGGGGUUCUGGGCCUCAAAUAGACGUAAAUAGUAGGUGGUUUGUUGGGCCGAAAUUUCUUUAUCAAUCUGAAGAAAGAUGGCCACAAAAAGGUAAACUAUCAUUUUCAACAGAAGAAGAACUACGAUCGUGUAACGUGCAUCUCCCGGCUGUGUCUAAACUAGUGGAUGUGUCCCGAUUCAGCCGAUGGGAACGACUCCUUCGAGCGAUAGCAUAUGUACAUCGUUUCACAAGUAACAUUCGACGAUCUCAACGAGGAGAACCAUUAGAGCGAGGUCCUUUGAUGCAGCAAGAAUUGCAGAGCGCAGAAGGAACUUUGUGGCAACAAGCACAACGAGCAUUCUACGGUGAAGAAAUUCACGUUCUCCGAAUAAGCAGUGGUCGGCCUGAUGCUCUUCAUGCCAGUAUUUCUAAAUCGAGUAGCAUCUAUAAAUUGUGGCCUUUUGUUGACAAUAACGGUAUACUGCGGAAGCGCAGUCGACUAGCUUCGGCUCCGUGGAUACCGGACGGUGUAAAAUAUCCUGUAAUUCUUCCACGGCAACAUUUGAUUAGCAUUCUGCUAACAGACUGGUUUCAUCGAAAAUUUCGCCACGCAAAUCGUGAGACAAUUGUGAAUGAAAUGAGACAACGAUACGAGAUUCCGAAGUUACGAUCACUGAUUGCAAGAGUUUUCCGAAAUUGUAUGAAAUGUCGAGUCCUCCGAGCUGUCCCUCUUUCGCCUCCAAUGAGCCCACUGCCCAAAGUAAGGUUGAUGCCCUAUAUACGGCCAUUUACUUUCGUGGGACUGGACUUUUUCGGACCAUUAUUGGUGAAAGUUGGUCGUAGCAAUGCUAAAAGAUGGGUCGCACUUUUCACCUGUUUAACUAUUCGGGCCGUACACUUGGAGAUAGUGCAUAGCUUGACAACCGAAGCCUGCGUCAUGGCAAUCCGGCGCUUCGUCUCUCGGCGAGGCUCACCGUCUGAGAUAUAUUCAGAUAAUGGGACAAAUUUUCACGGAGCGAAUAGACAGCUGCAGGAAGAAAUCGAAGAGCGUAAAAAUCGUCUGGCGACUGUAUUCACCAAUUCUACUACACGUUGGAUGUUCAAUCCCCCUGGUGCCCCACAUAUGGGAGGCGUGUGGGAGCGCAUGGUUCGCUCCGUUAAGGUUGCAGUAGGAACAAUCCUGGAGACUCAACGACGACCUGAUGAUGAAGUGUUGGAGACAGUGAUGAUUGAGGCAGAAGCCAUGAUCAACUCCCGUCCGCUAACGUACAUCCCGCUUGAGUCAUCCGACCAAGAGGCUUUGACGCCAAACCACUUCCUGCUUGGAAGCUCGAAUGGAGUUAAACAGCUAUCGGCGGAACCAGUGGACUUUCGAUCAACAUUAAGGAGUGGCUGGAAACUUGCCCAACAUUUGGCAGACGGUAUAUGGAGGCGUUGGAUUAAGGAAUACCUGCCGGUAAUCUCUCGGCGCUCAAAAUGGUUCGAGGAAGUAAGAGGCCUGGUGGAGGGCGAUCUAGUGUUCGUAGUGGACGGAGCUGUAAGAAGCCAAUGGGUACGAGGAAAGGUCAUACGUGUUGUUUGCGGUCCAAGACGGACGUGUACGCCAAGCUUGGGUGCAGACUACAAAUGGAAUACUUCGCCGGCCUGUCGUUAA